AUGCAUUGGUGGUUGAAAUCGUUUGUUUUGGUUAGUUUUAUCGCAUGGGUUGUUUAUUAUCGCUUUUUGGCAUCUCAACUCAUCCGAACACGCACAAAAGGUUUCUCACAUAUUUCAACUUCGUUAAAAAAUAACACAGAAACUUAUCAUUUUCUUCAACAGUCCGAAUCUUCAUAUUUUGAAUUCGAAAACACGCUUUAUGCUCAUGGUCUAUGUGGCGAUCUCGAAGUCGCUCCUCUCUCCCGACCUUGCACACCGCCACUUCAUAUUCAUCUCCGCCAAAUCGAAUAUUUUACACUUCUUCAAGGUCAGUUGGGGUACCAACUAGGCGAUGAAAUCAUCUCAUGUGAUGUUCACACAUGUCCAAAGCCUCUUAUUAUUCAACCAGGUGUGCCACAUACAUUUUGGAUGAAUGACAACAAAGAAGAUUUGACUGUUCUCAUUCGUGUUGAACCAGCAAAUCGAUACAAUGGACUUCGACGUGCAUUUUUCGAAAAUUUCGGCGGCGUCAUACGCGAUGAAUCUGUGUCUAUUUGGCAAAUAUUCGUACUUUUUGACAAUGCGGAAACUUAUCUAACGACGCUUCCUUUAUCAAUAAUGAAAAUCAUCACAAGAAUCGGUGCUCUGAUCGGUCAGCUACUUGGUUUUAAACAUGAAUACGAAGAAUAUACAACAGAUUAA